AGUUCUAAAUUUUUAGAAAUUUUAAAGACAUAAACAAUUCAACAACAUUCUUAGUUGGCGAGUCAAUGUUAUCAACAUUUUAAUAUGACAGUUUUAUAAAAGAAAAUAAGCUGAAGUUUUUUCCUGGUUCUAAAAAAAACUGUAAAUACUCCUGUAAUAAAUGGAUUCCUCAAAUUUGCCAUUUCAUCAUAAUAAUUCAAAUAGAAGGCAGCAUCACCUUUUACAGACAAUUCCAAAACCUCUAAAUUUUGACAGAGCCAUGAGUGAUUUUAAAACAAUGUUUCCUGAAAUAGAUUGCGAGGUUAUUGAAACAGUUUUAAGAGCAAAUGGCGGUGCUGUUCAAUGCACUAUAGAUCAACUACUUGUCUUACAAGAAAGUGCUAUCAAACAAACAUCCAACUACUCAUUUAAUUUACCAUAUCUACCAAGUUAUGAGGCUUCAGGAAAAAAUUUAAAUGAACUACCUCCAGCAUACAAAGAUAUUGGAGAGAAACCAGCAUCUGACUUUUCUGUUUACAAUUUAAAUAAGAUCUUUAAUGACAGUGCACAAAAAUUUUCAGGCAAUAAAAAGUCUAGGUGGAAUGAGACACUUAUUGGCAAACUUCCUGAUGAUUUUUUAUGUUUAAGAACUACUAAUUGUUAUUCAAAUGAAAAUUUUAAUGCGCCAUUAAAUUCCAAAGCAAAAGAUGUAUGUAAAAUUAAUGAUGAUUUUAUGAGUGAAGAUGAAUUAGAGAGGUUUUUAGAAGAUGAAAAGUUAGCAAUGUUUUUGCAAAAUGAGGAGUUUAUUAGAGAACUUCGAAGAAACAAAGAUUUUUUGACAUCUUUAGAAGCAGAUAAUAAAAUAGCAGUUGGGGAUACCAAUACAGUCAUCAGUUCGCCAACAGUGACAAGUGGUGGAGCAAGGUCAAGAACAAUAUACGAUGAUGCUGUGUUUAGACAGAAACUUAAACACAUGGGAAAAUCAACAAAAAAACAAUUCAGUAAAAUGGCUAAAAAGUUUUCAAGAGGAAAAACAGAGGUUGGUGGAUUAAUAGGUAACUCUGAAUCUACCAUUAACCUUCUUGAGAACGAUGAUACAGAAAAGAAAGAUUUCGAACUUGAUAGUAUUGAAGAAAAUGAAGAGUUGACAGACAAAGACACUGCUCUAAAUGUUUCUUCUACUUCUGCUCAAAGUAAUAAAAAGCGUCAUCUUCCUGCUGUUCCUCAAGUAAAAAAUGUUUCAUCAAGUUCUCCAAAGCCACAUGGAAAUGAGGAGCCCAUAGUUUUUUACAGUGAAGAUAAUGAGUUUUCUUAUAUACCAGAGAAUCCAUGAAUUUUAUAUAUUUA